UUGUGUGUGUCUGCAUGUCUCUGUGAGUUUGUGUCUCUCGGAGUGUGUGACUCUAUGCGUGUAUGUGUCUGCGUGUCUCUGUGUGUGUGUGUCUGCGUGUGUGUGUCUGCGUGUGUGUCUCUGCUGCAGUUUGUGAUCUAUGACAUGGGUUCUCUGAGGCGAGCUGAGAGUGGUGUGGGACAGUGGGGUCCUGAGUGGACGAGCACAGAAGGAGACAGAUACCGCUGUCAGUGCAGCACUGCGGAGACCGUACAGCACAUCACAGAGUUUGCCAAGUGCAUCCCGGGAUUCAUCGACCUGUAUCUUAAUGACCAGGCGACGCUGCUGAAGUAUGGAGUUCAUGAGGCGAUUUUUGCCAUGCUCCCAACGCUGAUGAAUAAGGAUGGGCUGUUAGUGGCAAAUGGGUGUGGCUUUGUCACAUGUGAGUUUCUGCUCAGUCUUCGGAAGCCAUUCAGUGAAAUCAUGGAGCCGAAGUGUGAGUGCGCUCUCAAGUUCAACGAGCUGGAACACACUGACAUCGCACGGACCUCACACUGACAUCGCACUGACCUCACACUGACAUCGCACUCACCUUACACUGACCUCUUACUGACCUCACUCUGACCUCGCACUGACCUCGCACUGACCUCAC